GAUAUUUUUCCCUUCACUCUUUCGCUGAUGGCAGCUUCUGCUUCGUCCUCGUCCUCUUUGAUUUCUAGGGUUUUCUCCCCACUUUCAAGCCCUAAUGGCGGGAAUCUCAGUUUCAGGUCGCAGCUGCCCGUGGGUCCCUCGAAGCCAGCUCUUCUUUCGACGCGCACUCCGCCGCUCGCCGUGGCUUUCGCUCGCCGGAAUAAGAAGAGCAGCUCUUUAACUUUCAGUAAAGCGAAAAAAUCUCCGAAAAUUAAGAAAACACAGCCAGAUGAUGAUGAAGAGGAAGCUGAUAUAGAUGAAGAUGCUUUUGAGGCACUUUUUAAUCUGCUUGAAGAAGAUCUAAAGAAUGACUUGUCUGAUGUUGAUGGUGACGAUGAAGUAACUGAAGAAGAUUUGGCUAAGCUUGAAAAGGAGUUGGAAGAAGCACUUGGUGAUGUUGAUUUUGAUGAGCUUCAAGAAGGUUUAUCUUUGAAUUCUGGUAGCACUGGUGACAAUGAAGACACUGAUGAAGAAGAAAUACGGCCAAAGCUGAAAAAUUGGCAACUGAAAAGACUUGCUUACGCUUUAAAAAUUGGUCGGCGUAAAACUAGUAUAAAAAGUCUUGCAGCAGAGUUAUGCCUAGAUAGGACUUAUGUCCUUGAACUGCUUCGUGAUCCCCCUCCGCAACUUUUGCUAAUGUCUGCUUCUUUGCCGGAUAAAAUACCUCAAAUAAUUCCGGAACCAGAAACUAAACUGGUAGAAUCUACUCCUGAACCGACCGAGAUAGUUCACGAACAUGAGCCUGAUGUUAAGGAACCUGUGCAUAUCAAACAAACAAGAUGGUCCAUGCAAAAGAGAUUGAAAAAAGUGCAUGUUGAGACUCUUGAAAGAAUUUAUUCAAGGACAAAGCGCCCCACGAAUGCAAUGAUCAGCAGCAUAGUCCAUUUGACUAACCUUCCUUUUAAAAGGGUGGUGAAGUGGUUUGAAGACAAGCGAGUGGAAGAUGGAGUUCCUGAUCAUCGUGUACCCUUCCGUAGAUCUGAACCUGAAACUGUUUCUACCAGAUAAAUUUCUGAAGAACAGCUGGAGUUCUUCCCAAAGUGAUGACAUAACUCAUUCCUCCCAGAUUAUUGCUACCAAAACAAAGAUCAUAAAGUAGCAAUACAUUUUCUUGGAGAUCUUCGAGGUAAAUUUCUUCAUCCGAGUUUAAGUGGUAUUUAGAUGUUUUGGCCUGUAAGAUAAGCUUUUUCCUUCUAGUUUCCUACCUUUUGUAGUAAUAAGCUAAUUACAAAACUGAGACAUAUAUCCAAUUUUAUUGUAUUGUUUAUACAGUAAGCUGUAUGAAAAGAGUAUAGAUCUUUAGCACAGGUUAAUUUUCAAUAUGUUGCAUUGCGUUGCUUUGAAAUAUUGUCUUGUAUUUUUAUGAAACUAUGAACAUCCUUCAUAAUUGCAGUUUUUCCGGUACUUAUUUGAA